GAUCACGUAUCUUUCGGGUGCUUCCUCAAUUACCAUAAAUAAAGACUCACCAAUUGAGGUCCACGAGAGCCUCCUCCGCCUCUUUAUCUUCUCCGAAACCAUUUAACUCAGUGAGGAAAAAGAAGAAACUUCCCAGGCGUCGUCGUCGUCAUGACUACCACAUCCGAGCUUGUGUUUGUCCCAUUUCCAGCCGUCGGCCACCUCCUGUCAAUGUUGGAGAUGGCCAAGCUCCUCGUCGACCGCGAUGAUCGGCUCUCCAUUACGGUCCUCGUCAUGAAGUCACCCCUUGACUCCGAGAUCGACUCCCGUGUUGAGUUGUUCGCUGCCUCCGUUGCCACCCGCAUCCGCUUCGUCCUCCUCCCCCAGCAAAACGUCUCCCUAGAGGCGUCCCCGAUGGCCUUUCUCAGUCAUUUCAUGGAGAGCCACAAAGCCAGCGUCAGAGAAGCCAUCGCCAACCUCUCCACCUCCGGCUCAUCACGGCUCAAGGGGCUCGUCGUUGACAUGUUCUGCACCCCGGUGAUCAACGGGGCUGUCGAGUUUGGCAUCCCUUCGUACGUGUUCAUCCCGUCGGGCGUGGCGUUCCUCGGAUUGAUGUUGUACCUCCAGUUUCUUCAAGAUGAGCAACACGUGGACCUGACAAUGCUCACGGGUCCAGAUGCCGAGCUGGACUUCCCGUGCUUCGCUAACUCGCUGCCGGCCGCCAAAUUCUUGCCCUCAGAUGUGCUCAUGAAAGAAGACUGCCAGAUAUUCUUGGGCCACGCCCGGAGGUUUAAGGAAGCCAAAGGAAUUUUGGUAAAUACAUUCGCCGAGCUAGAACCACGCGCGAUGGAGGCCUUGGCAGGCCUUGGAGCGCCCGCAGUUUACCCCCUGGGGCCCAUACUGAACAUCAAGGUCGAGAGCAAAAAGGGUUUUGAGAUCCUGGACUGGCUUGACCAGCAACCGGACGCGUCAGUGGUGUUCCUAUGCUUCGGGAGCCACGGGAGCUUCGACGAGGACCAGGUGAAAGAGAUUGCUUGUGCAUUGGAGCGAAGUGAGUGCCACUUCCUGUGGUCCCUACGGCAGCCACCGGCGAAGGGCAAGUUAGAAUCCCCCACUGACUACGCAGAUCCCGCGGAGGUCCUCCCCGAGGGUUUCAUUGACAGGACCACCGGUGUCGGGAGAGUGAUCGGGUGGGCCCCACAGGUUGCAAUCCUAGCCCAUCGAGCCAUCGGAGGGUUCAUGUCGCAUUGCGGGUGGAACUCCACCCUAGAAAGCAUAUGGUUCGGCGUGCCGAUUGCCGCGUGGCCCCAGUAUGCGGAGCAACAGUUCAACGCCUUCCAAUUGGUGGUGGAGCUUGGCCUCGCGGCAGAGAUCAAGAUGGAUUAUCGAAGAGAUCUCAUCAAAGGUGGCAACAGCAUCGUGACGGCAGACAAGAUAGAGAGAGGGAUAAAGAGCUUAAUGGAGGGGAAGGAGGCAGGGGAGAGGAGGAAGAAGGUGAUGGAGAUGAGCAAGAAGAGCAGGAAGGCUUUGAUGGAGGGUGGCACUUCUUACUUGUCUUUAGGUCGUUUCAUCGAGGAUGUCUGCAGUUAGUGAGCCUCCAUUUAGCUUAAGAGGCUGUUGGUAUUUCAAUUCUAUGAUUACUUGGUGUAUGUUUCAGCGUAUCUGGGACUACAAUCCAUUUGGACUAUUCUAGUGUCUUUUGUGACUAUAAACCAUGUUGAUUCUUGUUGACUGUGUUUUAUGUGGAACCGUGCAAAUGUAAAAGACAAGUUAUAGAAAAUGUUCAAACAAAAUAAAUUGGCCAGAACCAUCCCUCC